AUCCAUAUCCAAUCCCAGUCACGUUUGUGAACUGUUGUGGCGCCCUAACGUUCAAUGCUUGUCUCUGCGGUAGCUGCCGAAGUAGUUUUUUGUGCUCUCGAAUGAGAUUUCAUGCGGCAAUCUCUGUCAAAGAGAUAUAACAUGAUAAGAAGUUUAUAUGCUAAGUGGUGUUUGUAACACGUUAACACUGACAAUGUUUCGUUGCAAGACAGAUGUUGACAAGCAUGUGGCCGGCAUUUUGGACAAGAUAAAAAAUGAGAACGAGCGCAGCAUCCGGGGCUUCAAUAUUGCUCGAUUAUAUUACGGUGUAAAGGACUAUGAAUCCGCUAAAAGGUACUUGCUGGCGUACCUCGUCCUGCAAGAUAAGCAUGCUGGUGCCCACAAGCUCAUGGGGCAAAUACAUGAGGCAACUGGAAAUCUCGAACAGGCCUUGCUCUCUUACAAAAAGUCACUAGAGUUGGACAACUAUCAAAAGGAUGUCGUUCUGAAGAUUUGUGAACUGUACUGUCAGGUUCCUGUUGAUCCUGAAACAGCAAAGUACUGGCUAGAACGAGCUCAAAAGCUGUUUCCUGGUCACCAGACUGUAUUCAAGUUGAAGGAGAAUAUGGUGAAGGCAAGGGGAGAAUCGAAUCUGAAGGAUGUGGAAGCGCUCAUCACUGCGGAGCUGGUCACAAGGCCAAGCGAUAUUGGUCUGCGGAUUCGUCUGCUGAGAAUUUUUCUGGACAUGAAAAGGGUGGAAGAUGCCUACAAGCAUGCUUGUCAGGUAGAAGAUCAAGGACUCUUCGAAGGCUCCACCAGUUGGUACCUAUGCCUAGUGGACAUUUGUGAGGCCUACAUUGACCAGAAAACUGGACCUUUAGACCAGGGCUUCGUGGUGCAGUACCUCGGUUACCUGGACCGACUUGCAGAGCUGUCGCUCUCUGAGGCCCAUGCAUUGCCUUUUGCUCCAGUGAGUGGAGCAGUGAACGCCUCCGGAGUCAGCCAUGGAGAUGUUGCAGCCCAAGCAAUACAGUCGCUGGACAAGGCGCUUCACUUCACCCCUUCUCUAAACUUGGGGAGCACGGCAUCGUGGGCAUUUGUGCUGCAACACAUGAAGGGGCAGCUUUUCUUUCAUCUGGCCACCCUGAUAUUGAAACGUGCACGAAGGGAGCAGCUGAACUGGAAUGAGGCAUACCAAUUUGGGGGAGCCUUGCUGUUGACUGCUUAUUCCUUGAAACCACCUGCUAACCUGCAGCAUGAAGGAUGGUUCGUUGCCCUAGACUCUACAGAGCAGAACAUCUAUCGACGUAUGCUUAUUCGUGCCAACUGGAGACUUGCUGUCUGUGGCUACAUAGUGACAUGCCUUUGUGAGCGAGACCGGAACCAGUGGUUAUCCAAGAUCAAGCAGGAAGUCUGCAUACCUCAGGCACGAGAGCGCAUCUAUCAAACCCUGUUCGGGAGGGAUGCGAAUACGUCGUCAUCGUGGUUCCUGAAAGACGAGACAUUUCUCAAGGCCAGUCUAGAGUUUCCAUGCAGCACUGCUUUGGAAGAAUACGCCAAAUUCGCUCAGAACAAGAGUCCCGAGUCGCUGAACAACAUGGUCUGGCUGGGGCUUCAUAGCGGCAUAUCCGGAGGCAAGGUUAGCAAGAAAACAGGCCCACGAUUUGAGGCUGUGGUAUUCCAAGACUUGCAGCAGGACUCCCUGAACCUUGCCACGGGGAACCCAGCGUCUUUCAACCAGAUGGACGUACUGGCAUUUUUGGAAGCGACUUGCAUGUGUGCAGCAAACGCAGUGGAGCAACGUUCCAUUCUUCGGGGACCCAUGUGUCUCCCUCCUCACGCCGGAACCUCUCUCUGCUCACAGUCGCAGGCCAAUUGGUGGAAAGCUGCGUACGUGCUGCAGUCAAAGUCUGUCAAGGAAAAUCUUGGCGACUUGCGGCGCGUGUUGCAGAGGGGCCUGGAAGUUGUUCGCGGUCUCGGUAACCACGGUCUGGAUGUCAGGCUCGUCGUGCAACUGGCAAGAACAUUCGCAGCGAAGUCUCUGGAGCACAAAGGGUCUGGUAACGAAGCAAAGAUGCAAGCGCUGGAAGGAAGGGCAGCACUGUACUGGCAGCUGGUGAUCUCCCUUCUUGAGCAUAACAGCGGUUCCCCUGCUGCCCCAAGGGAGCGUCUGUUUCCAUUCACUCAAGGGAAAGCCCCAUCCCACGAGGAAGCACAAUCCCUUUGCGAAGAGGGUCGGCUCUUCCUGGGCAUUCGAGCCAUGAAUGCCGAUUGUCUGGAGGAAGCUGCAGCAAUCUUUUCUGAUCUGUCUUCGGCACAUGCAUCAUUCUACCUUGCAUUGGUACUCAAAAAGCUCGCCCUUCAAGAGGAUACCAACAAGCGCAGGCUGCUUCUUCAGAGGGCGAAAGACUCCUUGUUCCUGACCCUCGACAGGACGCGUGCCGACUCUAAGCAUCCCCUCACUCAGCAACUGCGCGAUGAAAUUGAAGACGUUGAAGAGCAGCUCAACAUUUCCAUUCUCAACUAUAACAAUCUAGAGGACGGAGAGCAUUACGUUACGGUGACUGAAUACCCUGGCCAGCUUACCUCGGCCAACAUAGACACCUCCGUACUGUGCAGCACGCCCCGCGUGGACAGCAGCUUCUUCAGCAGGCAACACAAUCACAAAGCCCCUGCGAAAGAGCAGCAGCAGCAGCACCUGGUGCCCAGCCCGGAACGACUGGACUCUCAGCUACGGUCACUGAGCCAGACACAAGAGACAGUAAUUCAUGCCUUGUCACAACUGAAGGAUGCUAACCGCCUCAUUGUGGAUGAGCUUAAGCAACACCAGCAAUUUAUGGAGCAGAUUCUGAAAAAAGUCGAAGAGCUUAGCUUGCGUCCUCAGCCGUCCUCCCGGACGAGGCAGCACCGUGAGGAUUCAGAAUACGUCGAUGACUACGGCGGCAACUAUGAGGGAGACUAUGACCACUACGCAGACUGCUCUCAGUUGGAGUCCUCCAUGGGUGGCACAAAUGUGCCUCCCUCACCUCAUCCAGCCAUGGGCUAUGGAGCUUACAGACCUCCAGCUGCACAGCCAUAUGGAGCAUACCCUGCCCCAACCCUGGGCUACCCGCUUCCUCCCCAUCAUUAUGCGGCACCUGUUCCUCCGGCGCCACUUAUGGGACCUCGGGCCAUGGCUCCGCCUCCUCCUCUAUCUCACCAGGCCUUCUAUCCACCACAUAAUGUGCCCACAGGGUUGCCACUUGCUGAAGGACAGGGUCUCCCACAGUUCAGGUUCGACAUUACUCAGCCUCCUCCUGCAGCAUCCGAUGGCCGUACGUCUGCUUUCAGUCGUCUGGGUUACUCUCCGAGCAGUGCAACGUUGCCACAGCCGAUUGCAGUGUCGUCUGCUUCCCUGAGUAUGCCGCAGGCAUCUACACCUGCAGCUCUGAAGACUGCCAAGUCUGGUGCACCUCAUGCCUUCCAAAUUCCUCUGCCAUCAUCUUCUGCAGCUCAGACUCCUCCAUUUUUCUCCGCGGCAACAUCGUCAUCAUCAUCCUCGGAGAAAACAAGGGUUGCGUCAUCUACGCCGCAACUGGAAGGUUUGCUCAAGGGUACAGCCAACACCAGUGCUUCUGGAGGAAACGCAGAGUUUCCAACGCCCUCACCUCUGAGCCGGCGUAGUCGGAACAUCAGCUCUGGAUCUGACGACUUGUGUGAUGAGACUGAGGUAGAGGGGAACUUCAAGCCCCUGAUACCAUUACCUGAAGAGGUGACUACAUGCACAGGAGAAGAAGAUGAGAAAGUGUGCUUUGAAGAAAGAGCACGGCUGUUUCGCUUUGUGGACAAGGAGUGGAAAGAACGGGGUAUAGGUGUGCUAAAGUUGCUUGAAAACAAGGAAGGCAAAGUGCGGCUGCUCAUGAGGAGGGACCAGGUGCUCAAGGUGUGUGCUAACCACUACAUCCUGGGUAAAAUGAGCCUGACCCCUUUGCUAGGCAAGGACACAGCUUGGAUAUGGGACGCUCAGGACUUUGCUGACGGCGAGCCUCACCCUGAGAAGUUCUGCGUGCGUUUCAAGACGCCCGAAAUAGCCUCACGUUUCAAGGACGUCUUUAACAAGGCAGUGCAGCAGUCUCUUGCCCGUGUGGCGGCAGCCACAACGCUGGCUGCCACCACCUUUGGGAUGUCCGCGUCAGCACCUACUUCCACUCACAGGGUUGUGUCAGUUGCGACUCCCACCCCUAUAAAGACUGUGCCCGCUGCAAGUGUUGUUGCGGCUCCUACAUCUACUGCUGCUGCAUCUGCAUUUCCAACAACUCCUAAGGCAGCUCCACCAGUUUCGAAUAGCCACAGUGUCGCUCCUGGACUAGGGUUUGUGUUAUCGGGGGACAAGUCUUCCGGGACCACCGCAUUUACCGUAGGCGGAGGAGUCCAACCCGAUAAAGCAUUUCCGAAGCCUGGCUUUUCCGCACCCGCCACGCAAACAUUCGCGUUUGGUGCAAAAUCCACCGUGGAAGGCCAGGCUGGUGGCAGUGGCAAGAACAUUUUUGGAGGCUUCACGUUCUCGACCCCUCCGAAGGUAAAAGAACCUGCUCCAGAAGCUGUGAAACCAACUGCUGUUGUAGUGCAGUCGUCAGAAAGCACAAAGCCUAGCCCUUUUGCAUCGUUUUCAUUCACUUCUCCCACUACGCAGAAAGAAGCUGAGAGUGUUGAUGUCACGCCGUCGGCAUUUACGUUGGGAGCGCGCUCCGAGAUAAGUAAAUUGUCACUGAGUGCUGCGAAGUCACCGACGGUAGAGAAGCCAGCUGCGUCGAAGUUGGCAACAAAACCGCGGACGUCUGCUUCGACUCCGCCUUCUACAAAACUGAUGACGAGCCCGGGCGAAGUACCGGAAGAAUUUGUGCCAAACGUGGACUUUGCGCCCGUGGUGCCACUGCCGGAUUUGGUGGAGACCAAAACGGGAGAGGAAGAAGAAGAGACCCUGUUCGACGAGCGAGCAAAGCUGUUCCGUUUUGACCCGGACAGCAAAGAAUGGAAAGAACGUGGGAUCGGGCAGUUAAAGAUCUUGAAGCAUCCACAGACCGGUGUCUGCAGGAUCCUGAUGAGACGCGAUCAGGUUCUGAAACUGUGCGCAAACCACCGCAUACUUCCCGAGAUGAAGCUGGGUCCCAUGUCCUCCGGCAGUCGUGCUUGGGCCUGGUCCGCCCAGGACUACAGCGACGGCAGCCUACGCGACGAACAGCUUGCCGCUCGCUUUAAGACCAAAGAGCAGGCGGAUUCGUUUAAGGCUGCGUUUGAGAAGUGCCAGCAGUUGACUCAGGCUGAAGAGAAAGCGGGGCAGGGUAAGCCGAAAGAAGAGAGCUCGUCUCGGGGAGAAGCUGCGCAGGAUAGUAGCACUGGGGAGAAACAGUCUCAAGUACACGUGCCUCUGUCGCAGCUCGUUCAGUUUAAGCCUAAGCCUGGCGCGUGGAACUGUGACGCCUGCUACGUAACAUGUCCUGCUGACGCGACCGCGUGUAUUGCUUGCCAGACGCUGAGACCAGGCACAAAGCCACCCGAGGCUGCGCCUCCGGCAGCGUCACCGCUUUCUUCGCUGGAGAAACUUGCUGGAUUGGGGAAGAGCUUCGGCACCGGUUUCCCGGUGCCUGCACAGACGUCUGCGCCGACCAAGUUUACGUUCGGCGUUCCGAGUAAGCCCUCUUCGGAGUCGACCACUCCCGUAACGAAGCCGGGGACUUUCGUCUUCGGUCAGGCCGUGACAUCGCCCAACACCCCGACGUUCACCUUUGGCACCACCACCAGUUUUGGUGCGAGUAAGGCGCAGGACGAAAAGCAGACGACGGGGUCGGGCGUGGAGUUCAAGUUCGGCAGCCCUCAGAAGUACGAGUUCAGCUUCAGCGGGGUGCGACCCCGCAGCCCAAGCAAAACUCCGAAGUCCCCGUGCACGCCCACAGACGCGUUGGAUGCCUCGAGGGAAGAGGAAGAAGUGGAGUCGCCCGAGGCAGACAUCUACUUCCAGCCAGUGAUUCCACUGCCCCCCAAGGUACAGACCUGUACGGGAGAAGAGGGUGAAGAGCUGCUCUACUCUCACAGGGCUAAGCUGUUCCGGUGGCAAGGGGGAGAGUGGAAAGAGAGAGGACUUGGUGACAUUAAAGUGUUGUUGAAGUCUGACGUCCCAAAGAAGAUACGGUUGGUGAUGAGGAGAGAGACGGUACUCAAAGUCUGUCUCAACCAUAACCUAACCCCCGAGAUGGUGUUCUCCAAAAAGGACGAGCGGAUAGUAUCGUGGUCCACGGUGGAUUUCUCCGACGGCGAGCCCUGUCCUCAACAGUUUGCACUACGUUUGAAGACUGCGGAGACAGCUAACGAAUUUCUAAAUGCCAUAGAAAGUGCAAAGAAGCACCUCGGAAGUAGUGCGGAAGAGAAGAAAAAUGAUGAUGCGGUCAAAAGUGCAGUCAAAGAUGCAGCCAGUUCCUUUUCCUUCAAGCUGGAUUCCAAAGAAGUGACACCACCAUCUGGUGGUUUCUUCUCCCUCUCAAAUCGUUUUGGUAGUCCGCGACAACCUGUUGUUCGUUCGCUCUUUGGAAACACAGCAGCACCAGCAGAGUCCACUGAUGAAGGCGGUGUCAAAAUAGAAUAUGAAGCGAAGGCAACUGAAGCCCAAAUAGCCCUGGCGAGAAAGUUUCAGCUGCCUGAUAACUUCUAUCUAUAUGAGACAAAGCCCCCUUGCCCUGGGUGCAGGGGUUGUGAUGAUGGUACUCCGAUGAAAAAAGGGCAAGCCCUUGCUACUUCUACAAAGACAGCGUCGAGCGGUGGCACAGACAAAAAGCCCAACGGGCUUUUCACGACUCUUGCAGCGGAAACGUGGAAUGCUCCUGCUGCGCACGAUGGUGGAGACUCCCUCUUUGGGAAGAGUGACGUCACACAGUUGUCAUUUGCCAGCCUAGCCUCCCAGGGGGCCUCUGCUUCGAGCAGCUUCCUCCAGACAUCUUCUUCGCCCAAAAAUAACCAGCCGCUCCUGGCUGGAGCGGGAACUCCCGUCUUUCAUGGGACAGCCAGGCGAAGAUCUGAAAGCGGUGGGGAUGACGGGGAAGUGGCCCAGGGCGUCGAUAUCCACUUCGAGCCCGUGGUGCCUCUUCCCGACCUCGUGGAGCUGACAACUGGCGAGGAGGAUGAAGAAUCCCUAUUCUGCCAUCGAGGGAAGCUGUACGCUUUUCACGGCGACUCUAAGCAGUGGAAGGAGAGGGCAGUCGGUGACAUCAAAAUCCUGAAACACCUCCACAAGCCAGGGCAGUUCAGAGUGCUGAUGCGACGCGAUCAAGUGCACAAGAUUGCGUGUAACCACAAUAUAACGACCUUCAUGAAGCUGAUGCCCCUGAGCACCUCGGCAAAUUCUGUCACCUGGAAUGCCAUAGAUUACUCCGAUGGAAAUGCUUCGCCGGAGAACUUCGCCAUACGCUUCAAGAACGUGGACGUCCUGAAAAGUUUUCAAGACACCUUUGAAGGUUGUCAGAAAGUUAUUGCAGAGAUGCCACAAUCCGAAGCAGAGGCAACGACAGCUGAGAAGCUGAGCAAUUCUAAUCAUUGUAGAGAGACCAAAGACGAUGAAGACCAUGAGGAGGAGGAGGAAGAAGGGGCUGAUGAGGAUGAAGAGGAGGACGAGGAAGAAAUAAUGUUUGAGAAGAGGGUCACUUUUUCAGUUUUCAAUCCCUCCACCGGGAAUUAUGAGAGCGCUGGCAUGGGCAACCUUACCGUGCUCUACGACGACACGUGUUAUGGAAUGCGCAUCCGUGUGACUGCGGACGAAACGGAUGAGGUGCUGUGCGAGACCCUCAUAGCAGUGCAGACGUGCCUGCGCACAGACAAGGUGGAUGCCUACUGGACCGCCAUUGACGUGUCCCAAAACCCAGUGGUACGGCGCCAGUUCAGGGCCACCUUCAGCUCCGUGCAGGCCGUGCAGGAGUUCUCCAGGGCAUUUGACGAGGGGAAAGAAUGUGCAGUAUCUGCUGCUAUUGUUGAGACCAACGACGAGCCUCCGUGUUGAAGAAAAUGUGUUGUUUUGAAGGUACUGUUACGGUGCGAUUCAGUUGAUCGGCAAGUGCUUACAACACCAGGAAGUUUACAGAAUUUUUUAAAGGUCUGCGCAAGAGAUGUUUGUGUCAGGAACUUUCUAGAAGUUAUGUAAAUAUGUAGGCUUUGUGAUUCUUUAAAUAAAAUACGCAUGUCACGGA